GUUGUCCUUUCAACUAUGAACUACUUUGAGCUAGUUGAACCGGAAGCGGUGAUGCCGUUGGCUCUCCGUUUGCUGGAGACCUAUGGACUACGCGGCGAAAAGCGGAAAUUUCUGCUGUUUCAAGUAAUGAUUUUUUGGGAAAUGUUGAUGAUAGUGAUUCCCAAGAUUUUCCUCGGUUAUCGCAGUCAGGAUUUGGUGAUUCGUGGCCUAUCGGAGUUGCUGUUCCAGUUGCACAUCAUGAUUCGGAUAUGUAUAUUUGCAUGGCACCGUUUUAAGUUCGAGGGAUUGGUUGCCAUUAUACGGAGAGUAUACAAGAAAAUUUGUUCAUCUGAAGGAGAUUCAACAAUGAAGGCCGAUUUACUGAACUUCAACGUAAUGAUUAAUAAGCAAUGCAAAGGAUACUUCCUGUAUAUUAUGGGUUGCGUCAGCUUGUUCACGGUGGCUCCAUUAUUUCAAAGUUUGGGUAAAUUCAUUACAAAUCGAAGAGGAAACGCAACAGAGAAUGUAGAAUAUAUAACAAUGAUGGAACAAGAAUUCUACGGUUUGGAUAUCCGUGGAAAUUUCAGUCACUAUUUGAUUUAUGUCGCACUAGGAAGCAUUGCCUUUUUCACUUCGGCAUCAUUCUUUGCUGUGACCGGUGUGAUAAUGAAUUGUGGAGUCCGAUAUACGAUGCCAAUGUUCCGAUUGAUAGUUGUUAGACUGAAUAAGCUUCAUGAACUUCCAGAGCAGCAUAUUCGUGAAGAACUUCGGGAAACCAUUAAUUUGCAUGUGGAUGCAUUAAGGUGCGUCAAGAUAUUGGAAAAAAUCGCCAAUGUGGCCAUGGUCAUUCAAAUCGUGGAUUGCGUACUCAUAUGGAUUUCCAUGAUUUUGUAUAUGAGAAAUAAUCUUAGUGUUGAUGCCAUUAGUCUAAUGGUUCUAUUCGUUGUUCUAACUGGGGAAACUUAUGCUCUUUGAGAUUUAUUGACUCAGCUCACUAAUGAGAGUUUAGCAGUGACACGAGCCAUCAUUGACUGCCAGUGGUACAGCUUGCCAUUGGAUAUACAGAAAUCAUUGUCGUUUGUCUUAUUUAGAGCCCAACGCAAAGAAGGUAUCACAGCGGCAAAGUUUUUCUUCAUGGAUGUUGAACGUUUUGGAAGGGUGGCGCAGACUUCAUAUUCGAUCUACGUGGUGCUUAAGGAUUACUUGUAAAAUAAGUUGUGAUCUAGUCAGUUUUCUUGAUUAAUACUGCUCUUUUCACAUGAGUGCUUGCACAUCAAAAAAAAUACAAAAAAAUUGUUUAAACUUCAUCUUUUUUGGUGAGAAAAAAAUAUUUAGUUAAAAAAAAAAGU